UUUCCUCUGACGCCCUGAGGACGCUUUGCCCCUUGGGAAAUGAAGUCUUUUAGUUAUUAUUUUUUCCUAUUUUUCGAAGAGCUUACCGUUCACCUGAAUACAGGCCCGCGCAUCUCGAAGGAUCUAGGUGUUUGGAGAUCAGGAGCCUGAAUGCGGAGCCGGCGUUUCGGGGUGGGACACCCCGAUGUGGAGUGAGGCUUCGGGAGUCUCAGUGGACUGUGUACCGCGAACUCUCGCAGUCCUCAGGCUCAGCGCCCGCAGCCACAACCCACCUGGGGUGGGACUGAUUUGGAGCCGAGAGGAUGGGGGCGCUCCUGGCGGCCUGGCUGCGAAAGGUGGGGGCACACUGAGGGAAGCUUGUUGGUGAGAGAGUCUAGGGUUCAGAGGUCAGAGAUCAGGCUUGCGAGGAGUUGGAGGGGGCAUCGAAAGUCGAGGGGGGCAGCGGCUGACAACUCAGGCAAGAUGUUUAUGAGUAAGGGGCUUGAGGAAGGAGAGAUGUAACCAGUCUGGCAGCCUUCUUCGAGUACGGGCUGUGACCCCAAGCUCGCUCGGUAAGCAGCAGAAAGAGGAGGAGGACCGAUGUAGUCUCUCGAGAGCGAGGAGACUGAAGAGAGACGAGAGAACGGAAAAGGAAUUCCCUGAAUAUCUAUUCCUUGGGUUCGGCUCUCAUUGUUGGCCACUGAGCCAGGCUUUCCUCAGUUGUGACCGUAGGUCUUGGCAUCCUGAGGAGAUGGCUUCUCCCUCUAGACAGCCCCCACUCGGGGGGUCAGGGCUGCUGCAAGGGAGCCGUACUCGUUCUUAUGGAAGCCUGGUACAAUCGUCCUGCUCCCCAGUGAGGGAAAGACGCCUGGAGCAUCACCUGGAGCCUGGAGACACCUUGGCUGGACUAGCUCUCAAAUAUGGGGUGACGAUGGAACAGAUUAAGCGUACAAACCGCCUUUAUACUAACGACUCCAUCUUCCUGAAGAAAACCCUCUACAUCCCCAUCCUGACAGAGCCCAGAGACCUGUUUAAUGGUUUGGAUUCUGAGGAGGAAAAUGAUGGAGAGGAGGAGGUACGACCCAGGAAAGAUGGCGCUGGUUCACUUUCAGGGAGGAGGAAGAAUCAAGAGUCAGGUUCAGGCCGGGCCAAUGGCGAAGCCCUCCUACCACGCCAGGAAACCUCCACACCCAUCCAUGACCUUUCUGCCUCUGAUUUCCUUAAGAAGCUCGAUUCACAGAUCAGCCUAUCAAAGAAGGCUGCUGCCCAGAAGCUGAGGAAAGGGGAAAGUGGGGUCCCUGAGGAGGGCACAGGGCUCCACCUCAGCUCCCCUAGGACGCAGCAGCGAGCAGUGCUCGGUCCGGUACCACUGACCCGGACCUCCCGGACCCAAACACUGCGGGAUCAGGAGGAUGAGAUCUUCAAACUCUGACGGUACCACUGACCCAGACCUCCCGGACCCAAACACUGCGGGAUCAGGAGGAUGAGAUUUUCAAACUCUGACGGUACCACUGACCCAGACCUCCCGAACCCAAACACUGCGGGAUCAGGAGGAUGAGAUCUUCAAACUCUGAUGUCCCCGGACUGAUGCAAGAAGCAGGUUGGGAAUGAACAGUUGAGCGGGGAGGAGUCUAAGGUGAGGCUCAAAAGCAGAGCUUCCCAGCCUGCCUCAUUCCUCUCCGGCCGUCUUGCCCAGCUCUGUCAAGAUUUCCUCAGCUGGGGACACUUUUUGCCAAGAGUUGGGAAUGGGAACAGAACUCUUCCCAGUUCUUGGGCUGAAUCUAGCGUUGUGCUUUAGAUUCAAAGGCUCCUUUACAGCCUUACUGUCUCUUCCACCAUUCCCUGGGUUAGAGCAGGGGAGCAGAGGACCCCCACCCCCAUGUUUAAUGACGUUACCUAAUUUAUUUGGUGCUAUAUUGAAGUAAUAUUUAUUUGCUAUAUCUAACUCCUUCCUCCUCUUAACUGAAAUAAUGUGAUUUCUGUAUCAUUGAAGAGAGGGAAAGCCAGAGCUGGGAGCGGGCUGCUUACCCUUCCCGCCUCCUGCCUCCCUAGCGAGCAUGCUACUGAGGCCAGUAGCCACACUCACCACAGAGACUGGUGGACUGGACGGGCUGAGUCUUUCCCUGCGCUCAAGGUAGGGUCCUAAGUGAGCAGUUCCUCUAACUCUUGACAGUUCUUGGCUCUGAGAGGAAGCAGUGGGGCGGGGUACUGACAGCCUCCCAGUCCACCCUUUGACCUUCUUCCCUCUCCUGCUGGGCUAAGGUGUGGAAGAGGAUGCCUUGGGGUGCAGGAGGCAGUUACAGAGCACACCCCAGCCUACCUAUGUUCCUCACUUCGUAUCUCUUUGUAAUCGGUAGCCCCGAUCUGCAGUACAGUGUGUCUUUGUUCCUGAAGCUGAAGAAUUCUGUUCGCAAGUGGGAACCGGCGAGAUGAGUGGUGUUUCUGGUCUUCGCCUCUAUGUCCAGCCUGAGUGUGGAGCUGGAGAGAUUAAACAGUGAC